AUGUCUUCUACACAGUCUGCCGCUGAAGUUGAACCUCAUAAGAUUUUCGAUACUAUCCUUACUUUAGAUUUUGGCUCCCAAUACACUCAUCUUAUCACCAGACGUUUGCGUGAACUCAAUGUCUACUCCGAAAUGCUCCCGUGCACACAAAAGCUUGCAGAUCUCGACUGGAAGCCAAAAGGAAUCAUCUUGUCUGGAGGGCCCUACUCAGUAUACGAAGAUGGUGCACCACACGUUGACCCAGCAUACUUUGAACUUGGAGUCCCCAUUCUUGGAAUAUGCUACGGAAUGCAAGAGAUUGCUUAUAGAAUCAGCAAAGACAAUGUCAGUGCUGGCACCGCUCGCGAGUUCGGGCAUGCAGAUUUAAAAGCAAAGAAAAUUGAUAAUGGACAUGUGGAUAAACUAUUCGCAGGAUUGGAGGACGAUAUCAAAGUGUGGAUGAGUCAUGGUGAUAAAUUGAUUGCAUUACCCACAGGAUUCCAUACUAUUGCUACGACACAGAAUUCUGAGUAUGCAGCAAUUGCGCAUGAAAGUCAACACAUUUAUGGUCUUCAAUUCCACCCUGAAGUUACUCACACCGAAAAUGGAAUUCAACUCCUCAAGAACUUCGCUGUCGAUAUCUGCGGAGCUCAAACAAACUGGUCCAUGGCAAAAUUCGUUGAUCAAGAAAUCACCAGAAUUCGUAAAUUGGUUGGAGAGAAGGGUCAAGUGUUGGGUGCUGUCAGUGGAGGUGUUGAUUCAACUGUCGCUGCCAAAUUAAUGCACGAGGCUAUUGGAGAUCGGUUCCAUGCCGUUCUCGUCAACAACGGUGUUAUGCGAUUGAACGAGUGCGAACAAGUACGAAAGACAUUAACAGAAAAUCUCGGCAUCAACUUAAUUGUGGCAGAUGCGUCUGACCAAUUCCUUGAUGGCUUAGCAGGACUUGACGAACCGGAAGCAAAGAGAAAGUUCAUUGGAGGAAAAUUCAUUGAUAUUUUUGAAGCCGAGGCCAAGAAAAUUGAAGACGCAGCCGCCAAUUCAGACAAAGCAGGAAAGAUUGAAUUCUUCUUGCAAGGAACUUUAUACCCAGAUGUCAUUGAAAGUAUCUCUUUCAAGGGCCCAUCCGCAACAAUCAAAACACAUCACAACGUUGGUGGUCUCCCUAAACGCAUGACGGAAGGCCAAGGACUCAAACUUAUUGAACCUUUGAGAGAAUUGUUCAAGGAUGAAGUUAGACAAUUGGGACGAGAGUUAGGUAUUGCUCACGAACUCGUUAUGCGUCAUCCUUUCCCAGGCCCAGGUAUUGCUAUUCGUGUCUUGGGAGAAGUCACUCGGGAACGUGUCGAAAUGGCUAGACAAGCCGAUCAUAUCUUCAUUUCUAUGAUCAGAGAGGCAGGCCUCUAUGACAAGAUCGGACAAGCAUUUGCGGCUGUCGAUCCAAGUAAAGCGGUGGGUGUUAUGGGUGAUAAGAGAGUGUAUGGAAACAUUGUUAUUUUGAGAGCAGUCGAGACCACGGAUUUCAUGACGGCCAUCGCAUAUCCAUUUGAGAACGCUUUCUUGAGCAAAGUGUCCACAAGAAUCAUCAAUGAAGUUCAUGGCGUCUGCAGAGUGGUAUAUGAUUACACUAGCAAGCCUCCUGGAACCAUUGAGUUGGAGUAA